UUUUUCUUUAUUCUUUAUUCUUUUCCUUGUAAUUAAUUAAAAAGGUUAAUUAACCACUCAUUAACAUAAUUAGGCACUUUAAAUACUCAAAUUCACACUAUUUGCAACUCAUAACCAACUCUCUUAAUUUCUUCAUCAUGGGAAACUCGACUCCUUUUGCUAUGCUUCUGCUGCUGGUAAUGGUGGUGAUUGGAGAAGGGCAUGUUUGGAAAAUUACCAACACUAGGAAAAAGAUUAGUACUACUAAUAAUAAUAGUAUUAGCAAGUCUUGUGAUUUAUAUACAGGGAAAUGGGUAUAUGAUAGCUCAUAUCCUCUUUAUGAUGCAGCCAAUUGUCCCUUCUUUGAGAAACAAUUUGGUUGUGAAAAGAAUGGAAGGCCUGAUAAAAACUAUCUCAAGUUUCGAUGGAAGCCUUCUCAUUGCCGCGUACCAAGGUUUGAUGGUGCUGAUUUCUUGAGAAGAUUGAGAGGAAAAAGGUUGUUGUUUGUGGGAGAUUCAAUAAGCUUAAAUCAAUGGCAAUCUCUUACAUGCAUGCUCCACACGGCCGUGCCGCAAUCUAAAUACACCUUAGCUAGGACUGGAGGUCUCUCCGAGUUCACUUUACCGGCCUACAAUACUUCUUUGAUGCUAUUGAGAGAUGGAUUCCUUGUAAAGAUUGUGAAUAAGAAGAUUGGUAGAGUAUUAGAUCUCAAUUCAGUGAGCCAAGUUAUAUCUUGGAAGGGUUUCGACAUUUUGAUCUUCAACUCUUGGCAUUGGUGGCUUCAUACCGGGAGGAAACAACCGUGGGAUUUCAUUGAAGAUGGAGAUAAGAUUUUGGAAGACAUGGAUCGACUUGUUGCAUAUGAGAAGGGAUUGAGGACUUGGGCUAGGUGGGUAGACUUACAUUUGAGUUCUACCAAAAUCAAAGUGUUUUUUCAAGGAGUCUCACCGGAUCAUAUGAAUGCCCUAAAUUGGACAGCUCCAAAUGCAAGAACAUGCGUAGGAGUAACUGGGCCGGUACUCAGCGCAACAAACAACGGAGUAGUUGAGCAACACCCAGCAGAAAGGAUAGUAGAGAAGGUGUUAAAACAAAUGAAAAAGCCAAUAGAAUUGUUAAGAAUAACACCACUUUCACAAUUAAGAAGGGAUGCUCAUCCUGGCGUUUACGGCAUUGGUGGCCAUAGGCUUCCUGAUUGUAGCCAUUGGUGUCUCCCUGGUGUUCCUGAUGCUUGGAAUCACCUCCUUUAUGCUUCGCUUUAUCAAUCCACUUCUUCAAAUUAACUUUGUUGUAGUCAAUAAUUAUCUAAUACUACUACUUUAUCUCUUCAUUUUUAGUUGACACGUACAUUUUAUUUUAUUUUGGGAUACAUAUUAAUUUAAGAAGAUGUUACAAAAUGAAUAUUAUUAUUCUCUAUAGUUUAUCACAAAAGGAAGGUAAUAACUAAUAAGCAAUAAACUAGUUAAUUUGUUGUGAA